GUAUUGAGGUUGAUCCUUCCAAAAUUGCUGCAGUUCAGAAUUGGUCAGCACCAAAGAAUCCGUCCGAGGUUCGUAGUUUUGUCGGCCUUGCAGGUUAUUAUCGCAGAUUUAUCGAGGGGUUCUCGAAGAUUGCCCUCCCUUUGUCUCAGCUGACGAGGAAGUCUGUAAAGUUCGAAUGGACAGACCGUUGUAAGUCCAGUUUUCAAGAGCUGAAAAGGAGGCUUACGACGGCACCGGUGUUGACUAUUCCAGAUCCUUCUCGGAGCUUCACCAUCUAUAGUGAUGCUUCGAGUCAGUUGAUACGAGAGUUUGCCCGGAUGCGGAUUCAGGUGAUUGAUGCACUUUCUACCGCCAGUACGGGGAGUGUGAAUUCCAUGCAGGUUCAGCCGACGAUGAGAGAGAGAAUCCGGCAAGAGAUGGCUUCAGAUGAGUUUAUUCGUACGAUUGAUGCCAAGGUUCGUGCCGGAGGCGUCGAGGAUUUUCACCAAGGCACUGAUGGGGCCUUGGAGUUUCGUGGCAGGAUUGUGGUGCCGAAAGUCGAAGCAUUGAGAAAGGAGAUUCUAUCUGAGGCUAAUACCGCACCCUAUCUAGCCCAUCCAGGAAGUAUAAAGAUGUACCAUGACCUGAAAUGGUCGUUUUGGUGGAGAGGAUUGAAGAAAGACGUGGCCGACUUUGUAAGAAGAUGUUUAACCUGUCAGCAAGUCAAAGCCGAGCAUAAGAGUCCCAUAGGCCUUCUACGACCACUGCCGAUUCUGAGAUGGAAGUGGGAGGAGGUUGCGAUGGAUUUUGUCACGGGUUUACCAAGGUCGUCUGAACAUCACGACGCUAUCUGGGUCGUG